CCACUACAUGUUGUCAAACCGCGAACAUUUAAGCAUUUCCAAGCGGAUCAAACUUAAAUAUAAGUUAGAAAAUGGCUCGUGUCAUACGUUACAGUGCCUGAGAAGUGUCCGAUAAUGGACGCGGCUCCCACUUCAUGACAUCACUGGAGUGACAGGGCAGCCGUGUGGGGGGAGGAGGGGGGAGGAGGAUCUCUUCCCCAUAACUUUACUUUGCCCUUUGCGGGAGAUGAGAUUGAGCCUCCGCGAACCCGCUGAGAGACUACCAGGGACGGGGGAGGAAACUUUUGUGAGCACGCUGAAAUCUGCUGAAUUCAGGAUUAUCUGCGGGUCAUGGACGGUUUUGUCUAGAGGAGUUUUUUGCGGAUUCCCGGUUUGUGCCCCUGCCUGCUGCAGAGCGGACCGCGCAGUGCGACUCCAGGCGGCUCUGAAGGAAACCAUAUCUGGUCAAAGUAUUCGUUGCUGUCACCCAGCGGGACUGUCCGGCUAUAAAUAGCGCUGGAGGAGGUCUCUCUCUUUGCCAGGAGCGCUACGGGCACUUGGCUGCCUUUGCUGUUAUUUUACUCCUGAGCUGGAGGUCAUUGAGGCUCCUGAUCUUACGUCUUGUUUUUCUCGUUUGGAGGGGUCACUGAGGUGUGCUGUCCAUCAUGUCUGUGAUGAGGAAGGAGAUGGAGAAGUACAGGGACAUAGAUGAGGACGAGCUGCUGAAGAAACUCUCAGAGGAAGAGCUGCAGCGAUUAGAAGAUGAAUUAGAGGAGCUGGAUCCUGAUAAUGCAUUGUUGCCAGCUGGGAUGCGGCAGAAGGACCAGACCAAGAAAGCUCCAACAGGAACGUUUCAGAGAGACAACCUGCUCGCUCAUCUGGAGAAACAGGCCAAAGAACAUCCUGACAGAGAAGACUUGGUGCCCUUCACUGGGGAGAAGAGAGGGAAAGCCUUUGUGCCUAAAAAGAUGGUGGACCCUAUUAUGGAGAAUGUGACUCUAGAGCCGGAGCUAGAAGAAGCGCUGGCUAGUGCUACUGAUGCUGAACUCUGUGAUAUCGCAGCCAUCCUGGGUAUGCACACCCUGAUGAGCAACCAGCAGUACUAUGAAGCUUUGGCCAGCAGUACCAUAGUCAACAAGCAAGGCCUCAACAGUGUGAUCCAGUGCACCCAGUAUAAACCAGUCCCUGAUGAGGAGCCCAACUCCACUGACGUAGAGGACACUCUGAUGAGAGUGAAGAGGAACGACCCCGACCUGGUGGAGGUCAACCUCAACAACAUCAGGAAUAUCCCCAUCCCGACUCUAAAGGCGUACGCUGAGGCUCUGAUGAAGAACACUGUGGUGGAGAGGUUCAGUAUCGUAGGAACCAGAAGCAACGACCCCGUAGCAUUCGCCCUGGCAGAGAUGCUGAAGGUGAACACAACGCUGAAGAGUCUGAAUGUCGAGUCCAACUUCAUCACAGGCACUGGAAUCCUGGCCCUCAUAGAGUCACUGCAGAAUAACACCACACUACAGGAGCUCAAGAUAGACAAUCAGAGCCAGCCGUUAGGCAACAAGGUGGAGAUGGAGAUAGCCAGCAUGCUGGAGAAAAACACCACGCUGUUGAAGUUUGGCUACCAUUUCACCCAGCAGGGCCCACGCCUCCGAGGCUCCAACGCCAUGAUGAACAACAACGACCUUGCUCGAGUUGUAAGAUCAGAGUCUGACGGCUCCUUCACCCUCACUCUGUCUGUUCCUGAGCUGGAGAGGGCCUUCGGGAAAAAGUUCAAGUGCAAGACUAAUAAGAAAGAGAAGGCUUGAGGGAGGACCCAUCUUCCCCAAGUGUCGGACGAAUGUGUAGAAACCAGGGCUACCCUCAACCCUCCGUCCCCCCCCCCCACCCCUUCGAAUCCCCACCAUCUCUCCAAACCCCCCCCCGGUCUGGUAACCCUCUUCAGCCUCAUGCCCUCCGACGGCCUAUCCAGAAGACCUCACACAUCGUCUCUGACAUGCAACCAUGCCAGACUCAAUUGUCAGGGGUUUGGAGGAAAUCUCUGAACUCUGUCUACUUCCUAGACUUUUUUUUAGUAGAUGUUAAAGGAUCAAACAGGAUUAAUCGGCAGUGUCCAUAUAAACUGGUGAGAUAAGAACAAGUGUUUUUGUGCUCUGAUGUUUGAAGGCUGGGACAACAAAUGCUUCCUUAGUCAUCCUGAAUCCUUUAAUAUCUCCUUAACUGUCUAGAGUCCUUAAUAAAAAGGGGCUGCAGGGCUGGUUUUGAAGGAGGGUUUCAGAUCUGAGUAGCUAAAAGGGCCACUUUUGGCAAUCCCUGUUUCUAUUGUUGUGUUUGAAUGAAUUCUAAUUAUUAUUAUUAUUAUUGUGCUGUAAAUGAGUUGUGCUGUCGUUACUGUCGUUCCCCAAAUGUCGCUCCAAGGUGGACAUACAAGGUAUCUCCAACCAGUAAACACCAAAGCCAAUAUCCCCAUUUCAAUUUGAUAGAUAUUAUAUAAACCUAUGAGGGAUACCAUAAUGUUGGAUUUUCACCCGGCUGUGAAAAUCUGAUGUAAAAUGUUAUUUUUGUUGGGUCUAAACAGUAUUUUAGUAACUAACUGUCCUUUUAGAUCAUUCAAAUUGUUCAGUAAUAUGUUGAUAGAUUUAUAAACCUGGCUACUGUGAGACUUGUCACUAUAUAUAUAUAGAAUAUAUUUAUUUGUGACAGACCUGGGAAAGAGUCACAAGCCAUUCAAAGACUUCACAUCACCUGGAUUGAUUUGCUGGAUAUUGUAAUAAUUUGUGUAUAAAUGUUGCUGUAAAUGUAAAUGCACACUCUAAUUACACUUUACACUGUUACAAUAUCCAGCAUUUACAUCGCCUGUCUCUAUGCGUGUUUGCAUCUAAAACAUCUAAAGUCAAAUGGAUUGCCUGUACAGUACGUGUGCCUCUCCACUGUGGCCUGCAAACACCGUCCUGUUAUAUAGAAUUUAUUUUCUAGUCCGUAAGUCAGGCUGCAAUAACCCAAAGAGUGUUUUAAUGGACUUCUGUUACACUUUCAACCAGGUCUGGUUUGUUGAUUGUUUGUGUUUUGUUUAUUUUUAUUUACUGGAGCUAAAAUGUGUGGUUUAAUAUGAGAGGGUUGGUACUGUCGUCACGGAUUAUUACAGGUUCACAUUAACCUCAAUCCAGGUUUGGUGUAUUUCAGUAACGGAUGUUAGACACAGAUUUAAAAAAAAACGCAGGAAACCUCGAAUGUCUUUACAGCUUUUCAGAUCAUACCGAUCCGUUUUAUUUAAAUGAAGCAAAUGUUAACACUGUUUGCAGGUUUCAAAAAAAUGCUUGUUAAACAUGUUUAGCUGUGACGGGUCUUAAAUCUACCACUGAACAUCCGAGAUGUGGUAUUACACUUUGAUCCUGAGCAUUCAAAUGUUCUUCUCAUCGUAGGCAAAACAUUAUGUCUGUGAAUACAACUUAAACGCUGUGCCACCAAACUGUUGCCAUGUUUAUGUCCUUUUUUACCAGCAUCCAAACUAUAUGUUGGUAAGGAAAAACACUGCUGUGUAUUUUGCAGCAUUUUAAUGGGAUUUCCUCUAAAUUUAAGAUUAACAGCACAAUGAGAUAAAGAAGAGUUAGCUGCUAUGUAACCAGGAAGUAGAGCUAGAUGUGUUUGUGCCUUAAAAUAAAACAGCUCCAGUAAAAAUCAAAGGAAAUGGUCUGCACUCGUUACUCUUUAAUGGCUCAAGAAGAAAUGGGUCUGUAUUUCCUGCUAAAAGAAUAGAUAAACUACCAGUUGCAGACUGAAACUGAUCCUACUGUGCCGUCCAAGUUUCCUUAUCACCGCUUUAUGCUGUGGAUGUUGUUCAUCAGAUGGUAAUUAUGGAUGUAAACAUUUGUAAAACAAUGAAUACUUGAGUGCUAAAGGAAAAAGUGGACUCUGCCACUCAGCCUGUGUGUGUCAAUUUCUGUCCGGUUCUGCCGUUUUCUGAUUAGUUUUAUUUUAGCGCUUGACUCUGUGUUUUGUUAGAUAGUUUACUUUUUUGGUUGAAUUUUUUUUGUUUAUGAAAUAAAUGAAGCUUGAAAAUAACAUGUCCACAAUGUCCUCCUGCUUAGACUUUAUUACAUUUGGCUGGAUUUGCAGAGUUUUCUCAUAUGUAGACAACAGUGG